AUGUGCAACUCUUGGUCCAAGCCUUCACUGCAGCCUGCCAACUACGGCGACCACAGCAUGUCCGAGGCACAGCCAGCGACCUCCCCAGCCGUUCCUCCUUCGGCCACGGCAGCACCUGAACCGCCACUCUUCGAAUUGACGCACGUGUUACGAGGUCAUACGUCGGAUGUACGAGCGGUAGCGACGACGUUCGACCAGCUAUCUGAACGAGAGGCGCUGCUCUCUGGCUCACGUGACGAGACUGCCACCUGCUGGUCCCGGCCCAGCCCUUCUUCCUCUGAACCCUCACAAUCAGCACCCAGCUUUGACAAGGGAGCAUCUUUUCAAGGAAAGCGCUUCUGCAAUGCAGUCGACUUUGUCCCUCCCUCGCCCGCAUUCGGCCUGCCACGCGGCCAGAUCUUGAUGGGCAGCCUCGAUUCGCAGAUCCGCUGCUUCGAUCCACUCCGUUCCGACAAGCCGUUGCAGGUGCUCUCGGACCAUUGGGACAACAUUUCGGUCCUCAAAGCUUACAGCUACCAUGUUCGUCACCAAGCAGAACAACUAGAUGAACCGCCUGUCUUCAUCUCGGCAAGCUGGGACAAGACGGCAAGGGUGUGGAUCUGGGAUCCAACGCUUGCCACGUGGAGCACCAAGUUUGUCCUUCGCGGCCAUGAUGAGGCCGUAUGGGGCGUGCAGAUUGUCCAGCCUCCAUCGAUGACCGCAUCGGAAGCGGAGUCAGGCGCCUCGCAGCAAGGGAGAUACUUGACUUCGUCCGCGGACCUCUUCAUCCGACUCUUCCACGGCGAGCAGCUACACGCCGUCUACGCUGGUCACACGGAUGUCGUGCGCUCUUUACACGUUCUUCCCCAGCUGCCCCCAACGAGCGGCCAGGACGGCAAAGCUACCGCGCCUGCAGAUGCCAACCCAACAUACUACCCAAACGAGCCGCUGUUUGCAUCGACGUCCAACGAUGGCACCAUCCGCAUAUGGUCUCUCGAUGCUCGUCGAAGCCCUACACCUGGCAACGGCGGAGAAGCCUUACAAAUCCUGAGGGGACAUGAGAGCUUGGUGUACGAUGUCGCAGCGUUCAUCGAGCGCGACACUGCGCAGCCUAGACUGGUGAGCAGCGGCGAGGAUGGCACCUUUCGUGUGUGGAAUUGGGCCUCUGGGGAGCUGAUCCAGACCGUAGCUGUUCCCGUCAUCUCGGUCUGGUCCAUCGCCAUCCUCCCAGAGUCGCACGAUGUCGUCGUUGGAUGCAGCGAUGCGCUCGUCCGGGUCUACUCGAGCCACCCGCCUGCCUCAGCAUCGCUUUCGGACAGUGACUUCCAUGGCGCACCGCUUUCGGCAAGCGAGGCCGCCUUCGAAGCACAGAAAGCGUCAGACAUCCAACAGCAGCGCCAGCUCGACGUUCAAGCAGACCACGCCGACUCCAGCUCUGUCGAGCAGCAAUGCAACGCAGAAGGCCAAGAAUACCAAGGCGAAAGGUACGACUUCGUGCUUCGCAUCGAUGUAUCGGAUGAUGCCGAGCCCCUGCCGCUACCCAUCAAUCGGGCCGAUGAUAGGAGGCAGGUCGCAUCGGACUUUGUCGCUCUUCACAAGCUGCCCGAGUCGUACGUCGACAAGAUUCUCGACUUUGUCAAUCUGGUGCUUGGCUGA